AUGCUGCAGGGAGUGGUCCUGAAUAUCGAGAUAUGUCACAAGGACAAGUUCAGGAGUGACGAGGUCAUCGCCACAACGAGCGUCCAUCUUGAAGAGGUACUCGACGCGCCUCUGAGUGAUGACAGUGGUUGCCGAUGCCUCUCGAUGGAUCUGCCACUGGUCGCCAGUCCCAACAAUCAGUCGGUGACGGGCCCUACCAGGCAGUGCGGCAGGAUACAGGCGGUCAUCUACCUUGAAGACCUGGGUGGAGAGAAAGCUCCUCGUGUUCAACCCUAUGCUACUGCUAUGGACAAUAUUACUGACCUUUCGAUGAUCGAACCCUUCGAGACUAGUCGGCACCAGCAGCAGCAGCAUCACUCGACGCUCUCUACUGAUUCAACGGGGAAUCUCCGACCGGAAUAUAUCUGUGCUGUUGAAUUAGAAACUUGGAAGAAAAAUGAGGAAGCAAAGUUCCGAGUGUGGCUCAAGGAUCAGGAGGCGGCUCGCAUGAAAACUCUAAAUGCGGAAUAUACAGCGAAAGAGGCGACCCGGCAACGCGAAUUUGCCGAUAAGAUGAAGUCUUUGGCUACGUUGGAGGCAAAAUUAAAGAAGAAGGCUACCGAGUUGGAGCAGCGGGAGACUGAUGCCGCAAAUCUCGGGUGCCAUCAGGUCCGCAUUCUGGCGGCUGAAGAAGGUGUUGCGAAAGAGAAGGAGGGGGUGGCCACGACAUUACGACGUCGUGAUGAGGAACAUGCAUUUGCACAGAAACGGCUGGUGACGGAUCACGAGCACGCGUUGCGGCUGCAAGCGGAGAAGACGAAGAUUGCGAGUAAGCGGGCGUUCGAGGCAGAAGAGCGUGUCAAGGAGCUCCAGUUGAAGGUUAAAGAGGCAGAAGAGAGUGCCAACAAGGCACAUGCCACCUUGCAGUCAUCUAACAUGGUGCAACUCCAAGCUGAUGUGAAAGUCCUGAAGCAUCAGUUGGAGCAAGCUGCGCAUCGCGAGCUUCUCCUGGCCAAGUCACGCGACCACUUCAGAGCAGCAGUGCGGCAACUCUGCAAGCAGCUAGACAAACAGAAUAUUGAGGUUAGUCUGCUGGUCUCGAAUCAAUGUAGACAAUGA